AUGGAGACCGCCAUUCGCUGGUCGCCAUCGUCGACCACGGCGGAACAGCGCUUUCUCUCGGUGGAUGUGGUAGGAAAGGCAUUCCGCCUGUGCAAGGUGACGUCCUUCGACGGCCAGAACCUAGACCAUGAGGUGCUUGCUGCUCACACCAAGGUUCCGGCAUUCCGGGCCUUCGACUGGUCGCCCGCUGAUGAAUCGCUCGUCGCUGUCGGCCAGUCGUCCGGAGACGCCACUAUUCUGCGCUUGAGCAGCGAGUCCCAGGAGUCGUUCUCGUUUCCAAUUCGUCACCAGCGGUAUUGUAACGCUGUCGCAUUCAGCACGCAUGGAUUACUGGCUGCUGGCCUGGAUCGCGUGCGGAAUGACUUUUGCCUCAAUGUCUGGGAUGUCAAUCAGCGGCUCGCUAUGAGAGGGGGGAAGGGGGUUGUGGAGCCACUGAGGAAGCUGGCGAGUUCGGAACCGAUCACCAGUGUGAAGUUCUUCAGGGAUCAACCUGACACAUUAGUGGCGGGUGUGAAGGGGCAGUAUGUCAGAAUUUAUGAUCUUCGAGAGGGCCCUGGCAAUCCGUCGCUACAGUUUCCGACUCGGUGUGUCCAUGCUCUAGCGAUUGACUGGCUGGAUGAGAACUAUAUUGCAUCGUGUCUUACCUCUAAUGAUCCUACUAUCAGUAUCUGGGAUCGACGUGUAGGGUCUCGAUAUACAACCCCUGGCGUAGGUCCAGCAAAUACUCUUGAGACCGGACAGCCGGGACCUGCGCUUGAGUUCAAGAAUGUUGUCGCUCCGAAGUCAACCAUCUGGAGUCUGCGAUUCUCGAGGACGAAGAGGGGGUGUCUAGGAGUUCUUGCGAAUACCGGCCACUUCAAAACUUACGAUGUUGUCAAAGAAUACUUAUCCGAGGAGUAUCGCUCGUCAGUGGAUGAGACCUUGGGUCAAGGAUCUUCGAAGAACUAUCCAGAGCAGAUAUACACCAAGUAUGUGCGGGAUGUUUCCAGUCCAUUCAAUCAUCCAUCACGGGGCUAUCCGGAAUCGGAAAGGAUCGUAUCUUUCGAUUUCCUUAAUAUGAGUCCUUCCAAUGAACCUACUGCCUUGACGCUAUCGGCCAAUGGCCAGGUCAACAUCAUUACAACAAAACCACCGUCACCUCCUGUGCGACUCUCCUCCCAAGGCUUGUUGAUACGCGGGACAUCUGGCGAUGAUGCAGAUUUCCGAACGAUAGGCCCUAUGCCUAGUCAAGGGCUGUGCGUCUCUGAGGUGGUUGAAGACCUCCGUGGACGUAUUCUACCAAGCCAUGAUGUUCCAGAAGUAUCGCGUGAAAGUCAUCCCCCAAAGCCAUUAUCUAGCCGUGAGGCUCGGGAACGUGCUCUAUCUCUAGGAACGUCGGGCCAUCCGAUUACAGCCGAGGAGGCUUUGACCCUAUUGACCAUCAACAGACUUCGUUGUAAAGAAGGAUAUCUAUUUGAUGCAGCCCAAAACCGGAAGAUACUAGCCGAUGAUCCUCGCCUACAAGGCUUCUGGGGUUGGAUCCAACGCGCGCGCAAUGACUCGUCUAAUGACUCAAUGGUUGCAAACGGCCUGGAUCUGAAUUUUGUGGGAGUGUAUGACAUUUGGAACAAUGAUCUAGGCGAAACCUUGGACACUCGGCACCUCGAACCCGAUGCCAGACCUGAUAUCAGUAAGGUCAUCGUCAAUCUGGUUCGAGAACAACUGAAUCUCCCGGAGACCAGGGGCUGUGAGACAGAUUAUCCAGAGCAUCGCAGGCUUUGUCUCCGACUCUGCGGCGCAGCUCAGACUCACCGUGAAUUGGAAGAACUCGUCAAGACAUUGUCAGCCGACAGUCAGCAUACUAAAGCAGCAGCUCUAGCUGUCUUCCAGGAUGAGGCUAAAUUGGCCUACUUAGCGUUACGAAGCCACCAGCCCACUCAAGCACAUAAGCUGCUUGCCAUGGCCAUUGCCGGUGCGGCAAAAGGUGACACUGACCCGGAUUGGGAGGACACCUGCGCGGAGAUUGCCAAGGAGCUCACAGAUCCAUAUGCACGAGCGAUCUUGGCACUUGUGAGCAAAGGGGACUGGAACUCUGUCAUCCAGGAAACCACGCUUCCAUUGAAGUAUCGAAUUGAGGUUGCUGUGCGUUGGCUGCCCGACGACGAGCUGACCGAGUAUUUAAACGAAAUGACUGCCGAGGCCAUCCUUCAGGGAGAUAUUGAAGGCAUCGUGCUAACAGGGCUGGGGCCGUCCGCUAUGGACCUUUUUCAAUCAUACAUCAGGAAAUUCAACGAUGUGCAAACACCGGUCCUUGCCAUGAGCCACGCCGUCCCGCGAUUCAUUAAUAACAACCCGAAUAGGGCACGCUUUGAAGCAUGGCGCGAAACGUACCGUUGGCAGAUUAAUUCCUGGAAGCUACAGCUGGAACGGGCACGGUUCGAUGUCGGCUCUCGAAAAUUCGCCGUCACCUGGGACGGGAGAAAAUUGAUUGAGCCACCGCGACAACAAGUCAGUCUGACUUGCAAUUACUGUACGCGGCCACUUACCCAACACGAUGCCUCUUCUCAGCUUUCACCCUCUACCACGGGCGAGGUCGUCCACCCCACGACUGGGAAUCCCCUGGGCACGUCGGCAAUGUCUGGAAUGGUUUGUCCACGCUGCGGUCGGCACAUGCCCCGAUGUGGCGUCUGUACCUUUUGGCUGGGAUCCCCAGACCCGAUGUCGAAAGCGUGCCUCGCCGCUGACGCUGGACAACAGGCCGGAAAGCCUACCCAAGCGGAGAUGAUGCGACGAUUCAUCGUAUUCUGUAUCAACUGUAACCAUGGAUUCCAUGCGCACCAUGCCCAAGAGUGGAUCAUGGGCCAACAACGCAGAGGCAAGCCCCACGGGGGCCGCGACGUAACUGUCUCCAAAGCCCUAAGUCUGCUGCUCCGACACGCCGCCGAAAAAGAAGGCCUGAAGCUGGACGCGCAAGGCUACGCGAACGUCGCAGACGUGCUCGCCUGGCGCAAACUCAAAUCCCUCAAAGUUACCUUCCCCGAAAUCGUGGCCGCCGUCGCAACCUCGGACAAAAAGCGCUUCGCCCUUCUACAUGUCCCCUCCGCUGAGGCCCAGGCCCAGCAGUCGACCUCCACGGAAGCCGCUACAGAAGAUGGCAUCCCGACGACAAGCGCGGGGCAGGAUUCCGCGACGGAGACGGCCCUCGCGGUGUCCGAGUCGGACCCCGACCCGGCGCAUUUCUUGAUCCGUGCGACGCAGGGACACAGUAUUAAGAGUGUGGAUGCGGCUUCGUUUUUGGAGAAGCUGUCGCUGGAUGAUGAGGCCAAGUUACCUGAUACCGUUGUGCAUGGGACGUUCCAUGCUGCUUGGCCGGCGAUUCUGGCCUCGGGCGGGUUGAGGAGCAUGGGGCGGAAUCAGGUGCAUUUUGCUACGGGGCCGUCCGUGCAGUCUGCGCUUGAACAGGGGGCGCAGCGGACAAAGGAAGUUACAGGGGAUCACGGGGAGAAGGUCAUCUCGGGAAUGCGUCGGGAUGCGCAGUUGCUUAUCUACAUUGAUUUGCGGAAGGCGCUGGCAGCUGGGUGUCCGUUUUGGAGGAGUGAGAACGGGGUUAUUUUGAGUGAAGGAAUGGCGGUGGAGGGUGGUAAGGGUGUUGUUCCGGUGGAGUUCUUUGAUGUGGUGGUUGAGAGGAAGCAUGGGCUGGGGAAGAUCUGGGAGGGUGGGAAGGAGGUCCAGGCGUUGCCGGAGGAGGAAAAUAUAGAGACAGAAAAAAAAAAAAAAGCCAACAUGGCCACCCACCGAUUCGACCCCAAUUUCACCGACAAUGUUGUCAACGCCAUGGGCCCCAAGACCGAGCCCCGGUUCCGCCAGUUGAUGACCAGUCUGAUCCGCCAUGUCCAUGACUUUGCGCGCGAGAACGAGGUCACUGUCGACGAAUGGAUGGCCGGUGUCCAGUUGAUGAACUGGGCCGGUCAAAUGAGCAACGACAAGCGGAACGAGGGACAGCUAGUCUGCGACGUGAUUGGGUUAGAAUCGUACGUUUCCCUGUGA